UUCCAUUUUCCUCAUUUCCAUCACCAUUUCACCAAAUCAUAAAUAGGGCAUCUUCCCUUCUUCUCUCAAAGUUCAGACCUCCAUUUUCUACUGCUGCCGCACUCAAAAAUGGAAGGGAAUCUUGACAAGGACACAGCUUUGAAAAAUGAUAAUGGAAGACCCGACAAUGAUGAAAAUGACUCUGGUGAAAAAAUGAAUAUUCAAGGGUUUGAACAAACAUCACCUAAAGAAGAAGUGGAAAUUCCCGAGGUUGGUAUGGCUUUUCGGUCCUAUGAAGAAGUGCGUAAUUUUUAUAAUAGGUAUGCAAAAUCUGUUGGCUUCAAUACAGCUAAAGUUAGCACCAAGAAUGGAGAUGAUGGGAAGCAAAAGUAUUUUUCGCUUGCCUGUGCUCGAAGUGGUAAGACACCCCCUCCGACAGCUGGGAGGAACUCCUCGCGCACAAGGCCUCCUAGUAAGACUGAAUGUAAGGCCAGGAUGAAUAUUGCAGUUUAUGAUGAUGGACGGUAUGUUGUGACUCGUGUAUGUCUCGAUCACAAUCAUGAGCUUAAUCUAGGGCGGCCUCAUGAAUUUAGAAGCAGCAAGAUGGUCACUCCUCAACUCAAGAGAAAGUUAGAAGUAAAUGACUCAGCUGUGGUUGAAAUGGAAUGCAGAAGUAAUAUUGCAAAUGCAAGACUGUUGAGACUUGGAAAGGAGGACGUGGAAGCCAUAAUGAUAUAUUGUUAUCAAAUGCAGGCUAGAAAUUCAAACUUCUUUUUUAGGAUUGAGAGGGAUGAGGAAUCUCGUAUAAGAAAUGUUUUCUGGGCUGAUGCAAGGUGCAGGGCAGCAUAUGAGUCUUUUGGUGAUGUGAUUUAUUUUGACACCACAUAUCUUACAAAAGGUUAUGACGUGCCACUCGUUAUGUUUGUUGGUGUGAACCAUCAUGGCGAUUCUGUGUUGUUUGGUUGUGGUUUAAUUUCAAGCGAGGAUACUGGUAGUUUUCUCUGGUUGUUCAAAUCAUGGUUGACGUGUAUGUUGGGCCAUUCUCCAAAGGCUGUAAUUACGGAUCAGUGUAGAGCUGUCCAGGAUGCAGUUAGAGAAGUUUUUCCAAAUUCUCGGCACUGUCUAAGUCUUUGGCAUAUCAUGAAAAAGUUUCCAACAAAAUUAAAAGAGAUUGCCCAGUAUAUAACAAUCAAGAUGAUUUUGAAGAAUAUCAUUUAUGACUCUGUCAAAUGUAAUGAGUUUGAGGACAACUGGAGAAACUUGAUUAAUGAAUACAAUUUACAUGAUAAUGAGUGGUUGAAGUCUUUAUAUGAUGAUCGUCAUUAUUGGGCUCCGGUGUAUGUGAAGAAUACUUUUUUGGCUGGAAUAUGUACAACUCAAAGAAGAGAACGUAUGAAUGCCUUUUUUGAUAACCAUGUUCAAUCAAAGACCACAGUGAAGCAAUUUAUUGAGCUUUAUGACAAUGCGAUGAAAAGUAAGAUCAUUAAAGAGAACAAUGCAGAUUUUGCCUCUUUUAGCGCUUGCAUUCCAACAGUAACAAAUCAUCCUAUUGAAAAGCAGUUUCAGAAAAUUUAUACUAAUGAAAUUUUCAAGCUAUUUCAGGAUGAAUUAAGGGGAUUGAUCUUUUGCAAUGCCUCUUUUGUAAGGGCAGAAGGGCUUACUUCAGUAUUUGAGGUGACAGAAAGUAUAUUAGAGAAAGAUGGAAUGUUUUCUAAAGAGGUGACUUUUGGGGUAUUCUUGGAUGAAGCUGAUGGUAAAUUGGAGUGCAUAUGCCAUCUCUUUGAGUUCAAGGGAAUUCUUUGUAGGCAUGCAACAUCUGUGCUUAUCAAGAAAAAUGUGAACAAUGUUCCCUCUUGUUAUGUUAUAAAAAGAUGGCGGAAGGACAUAAAGCAUGGGUAUAAACUUCUGAAUGAGGUGUACGACAAUGUUGAUGGCAAUGAUAAAAAUAAACGGCACAGGAAGUUGAGUCCGCUGAUGCUUGAUCUUCAACAGCUUGGUGUGGACUCGGAUGAGAAAUGUGAUUUUCUUAUCAAAUUGCUUACAGAGGCAAAGAGUAAACUUCUUUCGGUUGCCCAUGCGGAUGGUUGUAAACCGGCUAAGGCCACUUCAUUGAUAUGAUGUGACCCAAGAUGAUAAAAACAUGCAACAGGUUGCUUGCUCCUUUGAAUCAUAGUGCAGUGAAGGAUAUUCUCCACCAAAAAAUAUGAAUUCAAGGGAAGAGGUGGACAUUUAAGCAUGAACUCCUUUAGUUGCUGCUUGCACGAAGUUCUGGCUUGGUCCUGCAAAUCUGUAUUUCUGGUGUCGCCUGGACCUAAGCCUCAGCCAUUGCAAACCAGUUGGCAAGAUUGGUCACUGCUGCUGAAUGCUAUACACCCUGAAUUGUACGAGAAGGAUCACAGAUGUGAGGAGGGCACUGACGAAUAAUAACUUUUGUGUCCAUGAAGUAUAUGAGCCUCCACUUAAUUCGAGCUUUUAGUCAUGAGAGUUUAGUUUGAUGCAUGUGAAGGUCACUAUUUCUUCCUUUCAUUAUUCUUUUGGAAAUGAAGUAUGCCCGUACCUUGAUAAGCUCAGCUGGGAAGACAUGUCUUAAUUUUGACCCUUAUCUAUUACUUCCAAUCUUGGUAGAUAUUAACAUGGAUCUAUGAUAGAGUCGAGUUUUACAUCGAAUGGAGCUCAUAGGUCACGAGAAGCAUUCACUAAAGGCCCAUGGAAGCCAUUGUGUUUAUUUUGCAACUGUAAUUAGUGCUGCUGAUAAUAUUCUGCAACGAGCUUGAUGAUAUGUAAACUUGGGUCAUAUAAUAACAUUUCCUCCGGCAAAACUUUCCAUGGGAGAAUCUCCUACAUCCAAGCAAGUAGUUAUCGAGGAAAAAUGGUGGUGUAUCUGAAAUAUGUGGUAAAAGAAUAAAAAUAGCUUUCUAACCCCUUUUUAAGGCUGUGGGCUUGGAGAUAUUGUCCCCAUGGAGGAUAAAUUCUAACAUUCUGUUGUCAGUGAGCAGCCAGCUGGGCACCGUGGGUGAGUAGACAAUGAUAUGAUUCUAAGAGAUGGCUCUUCGUGUGUUGGCUGUCACUCUGGGAGCAUGUAAGAGGUUACCAGAUCAGUUGUUCGAGUGGCGUUCUUAACAUUGGGCCUGGAUGCUCGGGCAACAAUCUGAACUCGGAGCUUGGUGGUCAGGCGGUGAUAUUGGCCUCAGGACUAUAUGCUUGUGCAACACUUUUGACUUCAGGCGGUACUCUCGAGUCUCGACCUUGGGCAUAGGUGCCUGGGUAACUCUUGGCCUCAGCUUUCAGGCCUUAGGUGUUAGGGUGGUGUUUUGACCUUGUAGUCUGUCAUCUUUGGGUCUGAUUAGUAUCAGGUCUAGUCUUUUUACGAUUCAAUGUGUUGCUUAUAUUUUGGUGGUGAUGUCCAAUUAUGUAUUCCUUGCCCGCAAUAGAUUGAUAAUUUUCUAUCGCACCAUUUAUUUAUCCCGGCAUGAAUUGAAAAGUAUGCAUUUUCCAAGCAGAAAUUGAUUUCUUUGAGUUGGAUUUGUGAUACUGGAAUUAUCAUAUCGUUUCCGCUAAAUGUUACUUCUAGUUUUCAAAA